AUGAGCGAAUUCAACAACGUCGUCUUCUCCCGGAAUCAUUACACUCCUCAUUAUAGUACUCCGUACCGAAUAGAGAGAGUCACUAUUCACCUCAAAGAUCUCGAUACAACGGCCACUAUCUACCCACUUUUUAAUAUCAACCAAGCACCAACAAAUCUCAUACGAUUUUUGUCACAGGAAUAUAAUGAUGAGAUUUUACGUGGAGAUACACUACCCUUUUUUGACAAGUUGGCAGUCGAAGAGUUCCAGAAUUUCUGGUUUGGACAGUUCGCCGCAGUGAUGUGCAUAGGCGAUGAACCAGAAUUGAGCGAAGAUAUAACAGUGAAUGAAUGGGCUAAACGGUGUUUGGGUAGUUUUUUCAUUAAGUCGGCAUAUCCGGGAAGGUGCUCACAUAUUUGUACGACUAACUUUUUGGUCAAUGCUGGUAUAAGACGUCGAGGAAUUGGUUUUUAUAUGUGUGAGUGCUUUUUAAGAUGGGCUCCAACUUUGGGGUAUAGUAGGUGCAUUAUUGAUUUGGUUUUUGAAACGAACAUUGGUCUCAAAAGAUUAUUGGAAAAAUGCGGAUUUCAUAAGGUAGGGAAGGUCAACUCAUGUGCAAUGUUGAAAAGUACCAAAGAUAUUUUGAUCAACUCUUUUAUUUUCACCAAGGAACUG